UUGGCCGUGCAACUAUUUUAGAACAUCUUCUGUGAAUUGCUUUCGUUCCAGGUGCAAGGGAGAAGAAUUAUUGCAAUAAUGACUUGGUUUCUAUACUUUUUACUGACAACUGGGAUGACUUUGGGACAGGAUGAACAUCAAACCCGUUUGGAAGAUAUUGAGAAUGAAAAUUUGAUUAGUGAAAGAAGAUCGUCAUCUGACUUCAGUAAUGCUAAAAGUAAUUCUGUAUCAUUUACCACAUCCAAACCAAUAUCACCUCAACUUCAAUUUGGCUUCACCCCUAUAAAGGAAUAUUUUACAUCGUCAACAGAAAGUCCCAAUCCUUCCUUAAAUAGUCUACCAAAUUAUCAAAAUCGGGGACAAAUUUUAUUCAAUAGCUACCAACCACAAACUGCCCAACGAUAUCAAACACAAUCCUAUCAACAACCACAACAACAGACCUAUCAAUAUCAAAUACAACCACAACGACAAAAUAAUCAAUACCCAUCACAACAACCACAAAACUAUAAUAUUCAAGAAAGUAAUCCUGUUGAAUAUUUACAACCUCAGGCACAAGCCCUCCAAGCUACUCAAGUAGUGUAUCAAAGUGAAAUAGGUAAAGCAGACCAGUAUGCUCAGGUUGUUCCUCAAUACAGCACUCUGCCACAACAAUAUCAAAGUGUUACACCUUCCCAAGUUACUCAACAAAAACAGCAAGAAUUUUCCCAAUACAGCACGUUUCCACAACAACAGCAAGAUAUGCAAACUUAUCAGAAUGAGCAGUCAUCUAAAUCACCAGCUUUUCAAGAGAAUCAACAAUUAUCCCAAUUCAAUAUUGUACAACAGGGUAAAUUGACUUCUCAAACUGUACUACCUUCCAAAGAAGUGCAGUACCAGCAAGAGGCUCUUCAAUAUCAGGACAGUAUUGGAUCAUUACAGAAACCCGGAGGUUCUAAUCAAGUUCAUGUACAGGACAUAAGUUCUCUUCAAUAUUUACAACCGCAGUUGCAUGGAUUGGAGGGUGUACCUUACUUUGGAAAUGGUCAAGUAGGUUCAGGCUUCCUGAACUCCUUCCAGGACGUCUUCAGGUUAGUAAAGAUUAAAUCAAAAACAUUAUUGGAACAGAUAUUAUUGCUGGCUGCAAAUAUGUACAAAUUUCGUCUCAUUAAGCUGAAUUCAUAAUUUUAUAUAUAUAACGUUAUAAAUAUCCAGAUAUUUAGGUAUCUAGAUUUUGCCAUUCAACCAUAUCAAUCAACUGACAAUAAAAGAGAUGAUAAGGAUAAAGUGUUAAUCUCUUUAUUCUUUUUUAUUAUUAAAGUCUUUAGUGUUAAUAUGUUUAACCAAGAACCCACAGUUCUAGUGAAUGUUUUUGUCAUACUUCAGUGGCAAUACCAACAAUUCAGUAUUUGUUAAAUUCAAGUUUCGAUAAAUCGAUGGUAUAUAAGAAUUUUUAUUGGACGUUUGGCCCAUCAUUGUAGUUAGUGUGGCGUGAUUAGCUUGAUCACAUUUGG